AUGCCCGUGGGCUGUGGGAGCGCACCAGGCGGCAUGCGCUGCAGGGUUCACCCCGCGCUGCUGCUGCUCCUCGCGCUCCUGAUGCUGGUGAGCAGGGACUGGUACCCACAACUACACUCCUUGCUAAUUAAUGUCAUUUUUAUUUUUAAGGUCAGCACUGUCAACAGCACCCGACAAGAAAACGAUGAUCUUACUAAUCAAACAAAGGUGGGGUUUGGAAUUCACCGGCUUCUACGGCGAUCCAAGAGAAGAUGGGUUAUUACCACCUUGGAGCUGGAGGAGGAAGACCCGGGACCCUUCCCCAAAUUUGUGGGUGAGCUGUUCAAUAAUAUGUCCGCUAACAUGGAAAUAAUAUAUUUAAUCAGAGGACCUGGUGUGGAUGAAUAUCCAGAGAUUGGUUUGUUUUCUAUAGAAGAUAAUGUGAAUGGGAAAAUAUAUGUUCACCGCCCUGUUGAUCGAGAGAAAACACCGUUUUUUAAGGUUUAUUUUGAUGUUGCCAACCGCUUAACAGGACACAUCGUGGAUAAAUCCUUGAUUAUCAACAUCAGGAUCAAUGAUGUGAAUGAUCACGCUCCCGAGUUCCCUGAGAAGGAAUUUAACAUCAGUGUGAAGGAGGACCAUGCCGCAGGUCAACCUGUUUUUCAGAUGUUAGCAGUGGAUCUGGAUCAAGAAAAUACUCCAAACUCUCAAGUGCUUUACUUCCUUGUUUCUCAAACACCGGUACUGAGAGAGAGUGGUUUCCGGAUUGACCGUGUUAGUGGAGAAGUGCGACUGUCAGGAUGCUUAGAUUAUGAGAUGGCGCCUCGGUUUACACUACUCAUUGGAGCGAGGGAUUAUGGCCACCCGCCGCUCUCAUCCACAGCCACUGUCCAUGUGCACGUGCAAGACAGCAACAACCACAUGCCCAGGUUCACGCAGGACCACUAUAACAUUCAGAUUUCGGAAGGCUGGGCCAACCAGGGUGUGUUACGUCUCGGGGUUCAAGAUGGUGAUUCACCAUCUACAGCAGCGUGGAGAGUGAAGUUCAACAUAACAAACGGCAACGAAGAGGGACAUUUUGACGUUUCGACGGAUCCUGAGACCAAUGAAGGGAUUUUAAAUGUUAUCAAGCCUUUGGACCAUGAGACUCAGCCAGCGUGGAGCCUGGUCGUGGUUGUAGAGAACGAAGAGCCGCUCUUCUCCUGCGAAGGGGGGCAGCUGCAGAGGCCCCAACAGGCCUCGGCCAGCGCCACCGUGAGUGUGCGGGUGACCAAUGCCAACGACCCGCCCACCUUCCACCCGGGGACCUUCAUCGUCAGUGAGGUCGAUGGCGCAGGGCCGGGGACUCAGCUGGGAAUGUUCAACGCUACAGAUCCAGAUCGAACCGCUGGCCAGAUAAGAUACAAACUGGCUUAUGAUCCCGCAAAUUGGGUCAGCAUAGAUGAGCGCUCUGGGGUGGUCAUCACUGUGAAGCCGGUUGACCGCGAAUCUCCUCAUGUCAAUGACAGCAUUUAUGUAAUCAUCGCUCAUGCUGUUGAUGAUGGUGUCCCUCCGCAGACGGGAACGGGGACCAUGCUGCUCUUCCUGUCAGACGUCAACGACAACGCUCCCAUGCUCCGCCCGAGCUCUCAGCACCUGGAGGUCUGUCAGUCUGCGGGAGACAAACCCCUCCUCAUCGAGGCAGAGGACAGCGACCUAGAGCCCUAUUCCAACCCGUUCACCUUCAAACUGGACAGCACGUGGGGAGACACGGAAGACAUGUGGAGACUGGGGGAAAACAGGGGUUAUUCAGUGGAACUUCUAAUGCAGAGAACCCUUCCACUUGGUGACUACUCUGUGCCACUUCUCAUCGGAGACAAACAGGGACUUUCCCAGAAGCAGACUGUCCACGUGAGGGUCUGCUCCUGUCCCGAUGGAUUCACCUGUGCGGAGCCCCUCGUCGGGAGAGCUGGGGUCCUCCCGGGCGCCCUGGUCCCUCUCUGUGUAGCGUUCCUGGCUCUGGCAGCUGCUCUGCUCCUCCUGCUGCGAUGCCACCUUGUGUCUGAAGCCAAGGGGCAGGGUCGCUCCGUGCCACAGGAUGAGGGGAUCCAGACCCUGAUCGCGUGGAACGAGGAGAGCAGAGCCGAUCCGCCCCAGGGAAGAUCAUACCUCAGGGAUCACAUGCCAGCCCUGUCCAUCAGCCCAGCCGAGGCGGGCGCCAAGCUGGGAGCUAAGGUUUGGCUCGAUACCGCAGUGCCCAGAGGACCCCAGGAAAUGAGAGCAGGAGUGAUGGCGGAGGUGCUGAGACAGCAGCUCUGUGGCAUCCACGACCCCGAGGGUGAUCUUGGCUACCCACCUCACGUCUAUGCAGAGGAGGGCGAGUGUGAGCAAGCAGACAGCCUCAGUUCUCUCACCUUCUCUGAACAUGACCUACCGCCUGACUUGCUGGACUCCUUGGGGCCGAAGGCUGCUCCGCUAGAAGAAAUAUAUUCUCAGUCUGCUUUUCGUUCCUAAAAAAUGCAUAUUUUGGUGAAUUGGAAUAAUUCACAAGGGGAAAUCACUAUUCUAGAAUGCUUUUCUCCUUUUGUUUUUAAAACAUUACCUUCUAACAGAAUGAGGGUAAACUGAGUCUGGAUUAAAUGAUUGGAGAUUCUGGGACAUCUUGAACCAAAACAAAACAGCAGGCCAUACUUUCUAAAAAAUUUGUCAGGCAUAUUUUCUAGAGAAAUUUGAAUUUAAUUGUGUAAUGCCUUGCUUCCAUGAGCAGCCCAACUCUGAGAAUAUAUGAAAUAUAAUCCACAGAUUACCCCAAUUAUUUGAGAACAAUAGGUAAUGCUGGG